UAGAGAUAAUGGUCAUUUUUAACAUCUUCUUUUUAUUCUGCCUCUUUUGUUUGUGAGCGAACACAGAGGAAAAAACACGUUCCCCCAUAAACGUCUAAGAAGGUUUGAGUGUGAAGAGCUCAGGAAAGAUGACAGAAAUUGACAGAUGCACAAAUGCAGGCAACUAUCUUGGUGAAAUUAAGGGAGGACUUAAGCCAACCAUGAAAAUCACUAUCAUGGGAGUAAUCUCUCCCAACCCUGAAAGUUUUUCAUUGACUUUGCUCUGUGAUCCCAUUGAUGGUCAUCCAAACAAGGAUGUUGGAUUCUUUCUUGCGGUCAGCUUUACUGAGAAAUCCAUUAUUCGGAAUUCACGAAUUGAUGGACUAUGGGGUGAAGAGGAAGAUGAAAUUCCCUACUUCCCAUUUACAGCAGGAGAAUCAUUUAAGAUGGAGCUCUUGUGUGAGCAUCAGCAGAUUCGAGUCCUACUGGAUGGGCGUCAGCUCUGCAGUUUUGGCCACCGUGUCCAGCCUACACAAAGAAUGACAACUUUAAAAAUCUCAGGAGACCUCAAGCUCACCAAGGUGGCUUGAAGAAAACAACGUAACACCCACUAUGGUUACUGGGUUAUAGAAAAAAACAAAACAAAACAGUGCUUUUCCUCCAUCCUCUGCUUACUCUGUUUUUUGUGUAUGCUCAUUAUCUGAAACAUGAAACAUUCAUGAAAUCUCA